UGUCACUGGCGCCCGAACGUCAAUAUCAGCAGGAAGACGAUUGUUCGAUCGGCAGGACGACGUACUUUUCGACUUUCAGUCGUCGUUGGCCAGUUAUCGCGUAGCCAUGUCCAUGUUUUCGGGCCUCACGAGCGGCCUCACCAACCAAGUGUCCGGCCUUACCAGCUACUUCGGCAAGAAGCCUGAGGAAGGCGCCGCCGAGGGCGAGCAACCGCCACCAAAACCCGAGUCCCCCGUCAAGGAAGAGCAGCACCAACCCGUCGAGCCCGAGGUUGCCCUUGAUGCUGAUGGCAAGCCUUUGAGUCCGACGAAAGGUGGCAGCAAGAUGGAAAUGCUGACCAACGUGAAGAGCCAGAUGAGUUCAUGGCUGGGGGCCGGCAGCGGGCUGAUCAGCAACGCGGGCGGCGGCCUCAUCCAGGCGGUCAAGAGCCGCGCCACCGGCGAGGAGGUGGUGCCCGACCCUCCCGAGCACCUGCAGCAGCCCUCCGAGCCGGCCCCCGCCUCCAAGGAGGAUGAUGAGAAUUCUAGGUACUUGGGCGACACGGGCGGCGCCGACAGUGAGCAACAGGUAUCGGAGAACGAGGGCGACGAGGCCAAGGACGGCGCCGCAGGUGGAGCUGGAAAUAAAGCCAUGCAGGGAGCAAAGGCAUUCGGCAGCUUCUUCUACUCCGCGGUGAAUAAGGCAGGUGCCAAGGUCAGCGAGGCUGGCGCCAAGAUUAAGGAGACUGUGGAAAAGAACACCAUCCUGGGCGAGUUCAACAAAGAGCAAGACGCGUUCAUCAACAGCAAGCAGAAGAGCAUGGAAGCUGCCGUGCCCCCAUGGGUCGGCUACCCCAACGAGGAAAAGCUCAAGGAGGAAAUUCUAUCCCUAUCACAGGACCGGCGGAGUUUUGUUCGUGCCCCACCAACAGGAGUUACAUUUGAAUUCGACUAUGAAACGUUUACCCCUGUGGCGCAGGCCUUGCUGGUUGAGGACCCCGAGUUAGAAAAAAUGCGCUUCGAGCUGGUACCCAAAGUAGUGAACGAGGAAACUUUCUGGCGAAAUUACUUUUACCGGGUCAGCCUCAUCAAGCAAAGCAAUGAGCUGUCGUCCUUGGCCAGCGAGGGCGGCAACAACUCCAGUCUGGACGCUGAUACAGCUUAAGGACAAGAAAAAGGCCUCUCUCUCUCUUCCUCCUCACUCUUGAAUUAAACCCACUCCUUACAAUCCUUCGGCAUGUUGUGCACCCCUACAAGUUUCUUUUCUCCAAGGGGUGGGCAGACAAUAUUUUGAGGAAAAGUAUAAAUAUCACUCACACUUCUCACUGAACCCCACAAGUGUCCCUUUCUUUUGUUUGGUCUGCUUUUCUCUCCCCUGCAUGUGAACGUUUUACCUUUUGGUUGACCAUUCGAGGAGUUGCAGCUGCCGCCGAGUGGGAACGAGAACUGCAGGCCGAGCUCAGUGACUUCGAAUUGGUGGCCGGCGACGAAACGGCCACGGCAAACUGGGAGUCGGAAGCCGACAAGCUGCUGCAGUAGCAACUCCUCCAAAGACAUUCCUUUUGUCAGUGAUAUUUUCACAAGUGAUUCCGCGGCAUCUCAUUAAUAGAAAAGAAAAAUUAAAUAUUUCGAGUAAAAGUGCAAGAGGAAUAACUGUGACAAAGAUACUGCCUCUUAGCAAUGACGGUUCCUUUGGGCGCGCAAGCUAAUUAGUGAUUCGAGGGCAUGUAGACAAGUUAUGAUAACUCCUGUUUGAGUGAGGGACGUGAUGUAAUUGGCGCCCAAAUGGAAAGUUGAAAAAAAGAAAGAGGAAAACAUAUAUGACGGUGUUUCUUGCAUUCCAAUUAAAAUCGUACGGUACCGUUGUUGUUGUUGUUAUUGUCCUGUCUGUAUAUAAGCGAAGCACCAAACCAAUUUAACAAGCGAUUCCUCUUGUUUGACGAAGACUUUUGUAAAAUAUAAUGAUAUAUAAAUACAUAAUUAAUAACAAUUACAAAGUAUAUAUUGAUCAUAGCCAUUUUAACUCUCUUGAAUUAUACGCAAAUUAUAAUGAUGAUUGAUUGACUAAAGAUGGAUCUAUCCCAUGUUGAAUAGUGUGUGCGCAUAAAAAAAGCAUAAAUAGCCACUUAGUCAGUGUCUCUCUCUCCAUCAGUUGAAAAAUUAUAGUUGCUGAGGAAUAGAAAAUGAUUCUAUAUCCAUGUGUCUGUGUAAUAAUUACUCAACGAUGAGAACAAUAAAGAAAACCACAUCAAUUACUAUCAUACAGAUAAAAAUCUCGGUAUCCAUGUACAUGAGACGAAAUAAUACCACAAUUAAUGACAUGAACACAAGAACAUAAAUUCUUUGUUUUAUUGUACUUUCCAUUUGUGCAUACCUAUAAUCUUGAUCAUUUAGCCUUUUAGAAGGGCAACUGCAUAUUAUAUAAAAUAAUAGUUUUGGAAUGAUUCAUCUGUUUUGUAUCAGAAUACAAUUGUGCCUAUUCAGGAUAUAGGAACAUUACAUACAAAAAAAUCAAAA